GGCGCUUUGCUCGGGUAGAACCGACGCAGAGACGAAGAGCGACGGAAAGCCUGGGGAGCGUCUAUGGCUGCCUUCUCCGCUCGACAUCUCUAGCCGCUUCUUCUCGGUCUUUUUAGAGGCCGUGGAAACGAGACCGUGGCGCUUAUAUUACUGCGUGGAAACAGGCCCCCCGACAAAGUCACUCCUGCGCAGUAACGGCUAACCCCCAACUGCUAAGGAAGCGACAUUUUUUUUGAACUUCGUCGCCCCUGGACAGUUGUUUUCAAGAGGCACUCAACGGAACUGGGGUGCUACAACCGGUGCUUUGAAGAAGUCGUGGAGUUGGCGUCGAACGAGCAGCUCCGACGGGGGAAUUGGUGGGACGACGAUUUGUCGUAACUUUUUUUUUUCCUCUCCCUUUUUUUUCCUCGUCGACGUUGGAGCGCGGCGUUGUUGCAGCGCCGCAUUAUAUCGUCGGUUAAAUUUAGCCGAGCUAGCAGGACGCGUUAGCCCGCGAGCGUAGCUGCACCGUUCGGCCACGGUCAGGAUUUCCAGGCAACUUUUAAUGAUAAUGCCUCGCCUACCUUGUGCAACAGGUAGACCGUUUGCAGGCACGACGAAGUAGCCCAAAGUGUUAGAUAUUUAGACGCUUAUCCCUAUUUUUUUUACGUUUUUAACUUUGGGUUGCGCGACGUUUCCGUCUUAGUUUGGAUUCUUGACUGUAAAAAAACAACAACCAACCCAAAAAAACAACCAACACCGCUAAGCAUCCUAUAUUUAAGGCUCCUCAAAGAUGCACUUCGACGGCUCCGACUAACCCACAUGCAAGCAUGACCAUGCUGGAUCGUACAGAAUAAAUACGAGCCCCCCCCUCCUCCCAGCUCGGACAGUUCGGCUCCACAAUCUGACGCUCAUGCGAGAAAAGAGGGAGCGGAGAACCUCGAUCCUCUGAUUCGCAAUAGCCCGUCCGCCAGCUUCGUGAGUUUGUGCAUCAAAAUGUCCGCCAUCUCUGCCGCCGAGAAAGUGGACGGCUUUACGAAGAAGUCCGUGAGGAAGGCGCAGAAGCAGAGGAGAUCCCAGGGCUCGUCGCAGUUUCGCACCCAGAGCGCUCCGGUCGAGCUGUCCCCGCUGCCGCCGCUCAAAGAUGCCCCCUCCACGGAGCAGCAGGAACUUUUCGCUCAGAAACUCCAGCAGUGCUGCACACUCUUUGACUUUCUGGACUCUGUGACGGACCUGAAGAGCAAGGAGGUGAAGAGGGCCACGCUGACUGAAUUGGUGGACUAUGUUUCCACCAACAGAGGCGUGCUGGUUGAGAAUGCAUACCCAGAGAUCACAAACAUGAUCUGCACCAAUAUUUUUCGGGCUCUUCCACCGAGUGACAAUCCAGAUUUUGACCCAGAGGAAGAUGAGCCCACUUUAGAAGCUGCCUGGCCUCACAUCCAACUGGUCUACGAGUUUCUGCUGCGCUUCUUGGAGAAUCCAGACUUUCAGCCCAGCAUUGCGAAACGAUAUAUUGAUCAGAAGUUUGUUCUGCAGCUGCUGGAGCUGUUUGACAGCGAGGACCCGAGGGAGCGGGACUUCCUGAAGACUAUUCUCCAUCGGAUUUACGGAAAAUUCCUGGGCUUGCGAGCCUUCAUCAGGAAGCAGAUCAACAAUAUCUUUUUGAAGUUCAUUUAUGAAACAGAACAUUUUAACGGUGUGGCUGAACUGCUGGAGAUUCUCGGAAGUAUCAUCAACGGGUUCGCGUUGCCUCUGAAGGCAGAGCACAAGCAGUUCCUGAUGAAGGUGCUCAUCCCCCUACACACAGCCAAAGGACUGGCCCUUUUCCAUGCACAGCUGGCUUACUGUGUUGUUCAGUUUCUGGAGAAGGAUCCCACGCUUACUGAGCCGGUGAUCCGCGGCCUGCUGAAGUUCUGGCCUAAAACCUGUAGUCAAAAAGAGGUGAUGUUCCUGGGCGAAAUAGAGGAGAUCCUGGAUGUUAUUGAACCGACGCAGUUCAAAAAGAUCCAGGAGCCAUUAUUCAAACAGAUUUCCAGAUGCGUGGCCAACCCACAUUUUCAGGUAGCAGAGCGGGCGCUGUACUUCUGGAACAACGAGUACAUCCUCAGCCUCAUCGAGGAGAACAUCACCAACAUCCUUCCCAUCAUGUUCGGCAGCCUGUACAGAAUCUCAAAAGAGCACUGGAACCAGACAAUCGUGGCUUUGGUCUACAAUGUUCUGAAGACGCUGAUGGAGAUGAACUGCCCGCUGUUUGAUGAGCUGACGGCCUCCUAUAAAGCAGAAAGACAGCGGGAGAAGAUGAAGGAGCAGGAGCGGAACGAGCUGUGGAAGAAGCUGGAUGAGCUGAAGGUCAGCCACGCCUCCUUGGUCCAGAACAACAGCCACGGGGUCCCUGCUGUCCUUAACAACAACAACAACAAUAACAACAACAACAACAACGGUAACAACAAAGACAACAACAACAGUAACAACAACAAUGAAAACCAGGAGAACAGCACAGACGCUGAUGCCGACACCAACGUCGCUGUUGACGCUGAUGCAGACGCCGCUAAUGCAGACGCCAACGUCGCUGCUGAUGCCGUCACCGUGGGAGAGGAAGAGCCAAACGUUACUGAUGCAGCCAGCGAAAGCGCCUCAUGUGCCAAAUGACAGCGGAUGCCAGCUUUUUAUUCUGAAGCGUUUCGACUUUCAGGACCGUCAGAGGAGGAUUAACAAGGAUGUAACACAAAUUACACCUCAGCAGUAUAUUAAAUCUUAGAUUGACAAAGAACACCAGCAGUUCUUUGACAGAAAAAUCUGAAUAUAUAUAUAUAUAUAUAUAUUUCCUCUUGAGACUAUUUUUUUGGAUGUUACAGUGUGGCUACCGUAUGUUGUUUAUCUGUCCGAUCAGAGCUGUAUCUUUCCACGUUUAGUUUCCUAAUCGAUACUGAUUUUUUUUCUUGCGCUCGAUGUAUGAUCCGUGGGAGGAGGAGGAGGAAGUGAUGACUUGAAUUUAACGUUUCCGACCGUGCUGCACUUAGAGGAAAAAGACGAAAAAGCCGAACAGCUAUUUAAAGAUGUCUAUUUUUAAUGUGCCGACACAUGUAGGCGCAAACCCAAAAUGCGAAGGGAACGCGAACGUUGGGAGCAUUUUUUUUUCUUUGUUUUCGCACAUGGGACCAGACCCAGAUAAAUACAGAGACCCGUAUAUAUAUAUUUAUACAGAGACCUGUUUAUAUGCAGAAAAAAACUUGGUUGUGAGGAGAUGAAGAAGCAGAAUAAUGGCCAUGAAUGAUUUAUAAUAAAUAUAACCCCUGAAAUCACUCUGCUUUACAUUUUGAAUUUAAAAGUGAUUAUUACUGAAGGUAAAGUUAAUAUUUUUUUAGGCUAUUUUUGUGGUUGCAGGUGUUGGUAAAUACUUUUAAAUCUGGGUGAAAACACGAAGCUAAUGCAUUCAUCACCCGUCUUUAUACAAGAGGUCACACUAAAGUAUUGAGAAAGGGCUUUUGAUAGAUAUUCAAAAAAUGUUUUGAUUUAAAGUUACAGUUGAGCAUCUCACCGUUACGCCUGGAAACAACGGCUCUGUCCUGAGAAUAAAAAUCCACCAAAUAAACCUAUAAAGCACACUAUUUAACACUGUUGAGAUGACGCAUUGAGACAUGUUAGAAAGUAUUAUGUAAUACAAGAUGGAGAGCAUUGUCCACAAUAAUCACAUGUUCCUUUUUUUUAAAAAAAGACCAAAACAAACCUGAGUGAUGAAGGUGAAUAUUGGGGAUUGUACAGGAAUGGGAUGCACACCACGCUUCUGUGUAUUUUUUGGUCUGUAUUUAUUGAGUUUGGAGGCUACUUGCAGGGAAAUGCCACUCAGCUUCGAGGUCGCUGUGGGUCGAGCAACGAUUCAACUCGUCUCUGCACCUUCCUGGUGAUCGUGCACAGGAGACUUUCUGUUCCUGAUCAAGGCAAACUGUGACGCUGUAAUCCCAAGAAAACUGCACCAGGAAACCGUUAAAGAUGACACAUUCAGACCAUCGGGGGGCUUUUUGCUUAAACGGUCUGAUCAUGGGAGCUGAAACCUGGUGUGAAAAGUAAACAACCCCCCCUCCCCCGACUUCCACAGAUGAUAGGAAAGACAUGGGAGUGUUGGUGUUGAAUGGUGUUCCCUCUGAACCUGUCUGCUCUGUUUCUGCUCUUUUCAGUUCAUCUUGUCAGUCUUCUCUGAUGCCUUUCUGUCAGUACAGCAUUCCAGCCUCUGUGAACUUUAAAGCAGGGAACCUGUUUUGUAAUCACAGAUACUGUUUAGGUUUCACCAUCAAAUAAAGUCUACUUUAUCUUUCUAUUCAAAGUGAAA